CCAAAUGCUCAAACUGACGAACUAGUCGUUCGGUCAACUAUACAGGCGUAACUCGUUCGUCUCAGUUUAUUAUUCACAGUCGCGCGUCGCUAGCGACGCACGCGACAUAUUUCACCGCGUCAUGACCCUGUGACGUGAUAGCAUGAGUAAAGCCGAAGUCUCGGCGGAAGCCGCCGCGCCCAGCGUGGCAAUCCACGUGGACCACUUUGAUGACCAGGAUGAAGAAAACUCAAAGCUUCUCGGACUACACGCUCCAACGCCGAUUGUUACGCCCUCUGGGCAAAUGCGAAAAGUGAAGAGCUUUACAGAUACACACCGAAUUCACGAUAUAAGAGAUACAUCUGGAGCAGCCUCAGCAAGGUGUCUCCGACCAUACGACCGCCAUGAAGUAAAUGCCUUCCCUGAGCCUUCGGAAAGUGGUACGACUCACUAUGGAGCUCCAUCUGUACGUUCCUUGGCUUCGAUUGGAAUGGGAUGCACGGAUGGCCGUAAAAUGGUUAUAAAGCGUGUGCCAACUUCACCUACGGAAUUGUUCCAUCUAGUACGACCUCCUACGCCGCCCGAUGAAGAUACAGGAUCACACGAGACCUGUGAGGAAGAGGAAGAAGAUGAAGAAGAUCCACACCUGAAGCCUCGAAGACCAUUCUGGGCCAAUAAAAUACAAUUUGUUUUGGCCUGUGUUGGAUAUUCAGUGGGUUUGGGAAACGUGUGGCGUUUCCCAUACCUUUGCUAUAAAAGUGGCGGCGGUGCAUUUCUCAUUCCUUACUUCAUAAUACUCCUGGUAUGCGGUGUACCUAUGCUAUUUAUGGAGUUAGCUGUAGGACAGUACACGGCACAUGGACCCAUCGGCGCCCUCUCUCAAAUUUGUCCGCUCUUUAAAGGUGCCGGCCUAGCAAGUGUGGUGAUCUCGUUUCUCAUGUCUACAUAUUACGCUGUGAUAAUUGCAUGGGCAAUCUACUACUUCUUCACAUCGUUUAAGUCUGAAGUACCAUGGGCUAGUUGCUCUAACCGCUGGAACACUCCCCAAUGCUGGGUGCCGCAUCACAACAUCAGCAAACCUAACGGAUCUCAAACACCCACCGAACAAUUCUUCGAGAAAAAGGUCUUGAGCAUGAGCGAUGGCAUUGAGUGGCCCGGUGGCAUGCGGUGGGAACUGGCAGCCUGUUUAGUCUGUGCUUGGCUCCUAGUUUACUUUGCCCUAUGGAAAAGCAUCAAAUCUUCAGCCAAAGUCAGAUACAUCACCACGACAUUACCCUUUCUCUUGAUCAUAGUUUUUCUUGGCCGAUCUCUAACACUGGACGGUGCUGAUAAGGGAUUAAGAUUUUUUUUCAAGCCGGAAUGGGAACUAUUAAAACAAUCGAGACCUUGGGUGAAUGCGGCUUCACAAAUCUUCAAUUCAAUUGGCAUUGCAUUUGGUUCAAUGAUAAUGUUCGCUUCAUACAACCGAUUCGACAACAACUUCCUUCACGACACACUGGCGGUUUCUCUUAUCAACGCGGUCACCAGUCUCAUAGUAGGGAUAUUUACCUUCGCUACUAUUGGAAACAUAGCUUUUGAACAGAAUACUAGCGUGAAGGACGUUAUUGCAGAUAGCCCAGGUCUGUUAUUUGUCGUGUAUCCACAAGCUAUAGCCAAGAUGCCAGCAUCGCAAUUAUGGGCUGUGUUGUUCUUCUUCAUGUUUCUUUGUCUGGGAUUGAACAGCCAGUUUGCUAUAGUCGAAGUGGUCGUGACAUCAAUACAGGAUGGCUUCCCUGAUAUGAUUCGCAAGAAAUUAGUAUACCACGAAUUACUAGUGCUGUGUGUGUGUGCUAUUUCACUCUUCUUCGGCCUACCACAUAUCAUACACAGCGGUAUAUAUGUAUUUCAACUGAUGGAUUACUACGCCGCCUCCCUCAGUAUUACAUAUUUGGCUUUCUUCGAAGUCGUGGCCAUAGCGUGGUUCUAUGGAGUUGGAAAACUGUCACAAAAUAUAAAACAAAUGACAGGGCGUUAUCCAUCAUUUUACUUCCGUUUCUGCUGGCUUCUGGCUACACCCGCACUGCUGUUGGCUCUGUGGGUGGCCAGCUUGGUAGAUUACACGCCACCCAGCUAUCGUCAGUACCAAUACCCUGUCUGGGCGCAGGUCCUUGGAUGGACCAUUGCCUCACUGUCACUCUUGUGCAUACCAGUGUAUGCUGUAGUCAUGGUGAUUAGAUCGCCAGGUGACAGUUUGAGAGAGAAAUUACGCAAUUCCAUCCGUCCGACGUCAAUAUGCGACUGCGGCGUGAACGGAUGUGAUAUAUGUGGCUCUGAGUCGGAUCCAGCAGACGACAAAACUAAUAUUAACUAGUCCAUUUUCAAUUUAGCAUUAAAGAUUUCAAAUCACAUGACGAACGAACAAUGUGGUAACGCGUUCUUCCACAUUAGUCGUCAUAAUUUAUAGUUGCCGACCGCAUUCGACCUACAACAAUAGUAGUCAUAAACACCGGUGACACAGUUUGCGCCACUCGUCACCGAACCACUCUAGAUAACGAACAUUAACUAAGUGUACAAAACCUACAUAAUUAGAAAUGUUAAAAAGACGAUAAUCCACAUACUUAUCUAUAACAUAGUAAAUUUCUUGAUAUCUAUUUACUGGUAUCUAACUAUCGAUUAUAUCUACAAAAUUAAAGAUUUUAAACCAAAAUAACGAAUGUUACAUUUUAUUAUUUUUUUAUUAUACAUAUAUAUGUAAUAAAUACAUAUCAAAUAUUAUAUUUAAACACUUGUGAUCAAAAGACAUUCCAGUUUUAGAUAAAUGAAAUAGAUUUAAGUAGGAACCUUAAAAAGGUGAUAAGAGAAUGAAUAAGAGCUAUUUAUUAAGUACAUAAAAGUGUAAUAUUAUGGACCAAGUUAAGCAAUAUUUAUGGUUGUGCUAUGGAAAAGCUUUUGUUUAAAUGUUGUCAGAACAAUAAAGGUGAUUACAAUAUUAGAAUAAUAUUCUAUUGAAUGGUAUUCUACAUUUAAAUAAAAGUACAAUAACAAACUAAAUACAAAGGAAAUGUUACCAGUGUAAAUAUUGAAAGUGUACAUAAAUCACAAAGUUAUUUUGAGAAGUUUAAAAUAAAAUUCAUGAAGAAAUG